CUCCGCGCGCCGCCUGGCGUACUCGUAGAUCCCUGCCGCAUCUCCGUGCACGGUACUCCCCGGAACGGCCCGCGGUACCGGACAGGUGCAGCUGCGGGGCUGAUUCUAGAACAAAGGGUCCUGGAAGCCGCAGGGGUGGGGGUCACCGCCCGCCUGUGCAGGAACGUCUAGCGCUAACAACCUCCAGCCAGCAUCCAGGGUCCAGUCCGUACAAUAUGCCAAGGCGCGUUCGUGCCGGAGAUUCGCGAUCAAUUCUUGCCUAUACGCUUCGUCUAGGAGGCAGCGGCGGACCGAGGCGAAGAAAAUCUCUGUCCCGCGUCCCGAGGCUCCAGUCCGCCUUGGGCAACAAAGUCCCAGCGCAAGUCAACAAGUGAUCAAAGCUCACUGGGUCCUUAGCAGUCGCAAGAGUCCGACGAAGCUCCGUCUCUUGCUCGGGAGCAUACGGUCCUAUACGAAUACAGUAUGCCAGGACUUACAGCACGCUAAUCAUCGUCAAAAUGCGACAAGUGGGCGCUGCUUCAAUAUCGCAUGUCUCCGCUAUCCACAAGCCUGCAAUCAUAUCGCCAAAAGAAAGAAGUUUUCUUCUAGUCCUUCCUUUAGUCGUCUCUCUUCUCGUUUAUACCAUAUCCGAAGUAUUUGUAGGCAGAUGCGCCUCCUUCUCAUCCGCUCCUUUGCAGGUGAAGAUUCUCCAAGAUAGCUCUCGCCUAUCGGAGCUGCACCUGAGAUUCCAUCAUUAUGGCUUCAUCCAAAAUCGCGAGAGUCUCUCCCGUGAGGCAUCAGCUAGCCAUGGCUUCUUCGUGGAAGCCAUUGGUCCUCGCCUCCAUGGUGCUCUGCUCGCAACUGGUAGCUGUGCCCAGAGCCUAUUGCCAGCAAAAGUCAUCACGCAGGAUGACUCGGCGUCUAACAUAGACACGGCCGGCAAUGGCGAGAUGGCAGAGUGGCUUUCUGGUGUUCAAAGGGCACCGGCGCUGACAGUCUGUCCUACUCUUUGUAGUGAAGCGGCGGCAUCGGGCGAUGGCUGGGCCUUGUACCCAGACCCAGCUAGCUUGGCAGCAUGCAACGAGACCAUGCUUCAUCAGGUCGUCUUUCAGAAUGAGGUCGAGAACGGCCAGAACACCAAACUCGCCAUCGAGGCCUGUGCGGCCGACUUUUCUCCGACUCCGAAAGCCGUCUCCUUCGCAGGCGAACAAGAGAGUGUUGCUGCGGUCUGUACCACACCCAAUCAUGUCAUGCUCAACAUCUCCGUGGCCCUCUCGUCGUCUGUACCAGCCGCCCGAGCCCAAGAUAGCUUCUCGACGCAGCAUCUUCUCACAGCGGGCCGCCAAGUCGUCAAUUAUCUCGCGUUCGCGGAGCCCUCUUGCUCGCGCAAUUCCAUGAGCCUGGCCUAUUUUCAGUCCUCCAUCAUCGAUGUCUUUGGUGGCGCCGAAGUCCAUCAGCAUCAUCUCACCGCACAGGUACUGGAAAGUUUCAUCAUGUACGCGGAGCAAAAGUCCCUCGCCAAGACGACCGUUGUCCAGCUUUGUGCGGGCGAGGAGCGUGGAGCCGACUACGGCGUGGGAAUCAUCGCCGGCAGCGCCAAAAAUUUCGCCGUCGUCCAGCAGGCCAUGCAGUCAUGGGCCGAGGGCCGAUGCGUCCCGGUGGCCGACAACAAGGAGGAUUGGAUGACAGUCACCAUUCGCGUACCCAAGGCGGAAGCGCAUCCUGCCAACUCUACUGACAUUGUCAUUCCGCGAGACACGACCUCACCCGCCCACCCCUUCUCCCAUGGAGCUCAUGCCCAUCGCGGUGGGGUGGUGUUACGAUUCAGUGCGACCAGCCUGCAGGGUGCACGUGAUCUAGACCAGCUCCACCUUUUCCUCCAAUCACACCAACCACGUCCAGAAUGGCUCACGACCUCACCGCGAGCCAACGCUCCAACACACUCCACAAGGCUCACUGGCUCACGACGCUCCCGUGAGCCCUCGCAAUCAUUCAGAGUAUGUAGGAAGCCACGCUUUGCCAUUGUCAGUCCCUACCUAGCUCUCCAGCUAUCAAUACAAUAGUCAACGCUCAGAUUAAUAUCUGUCGCACCAGACUGUGACCCGAACCGCUCAGGUCAAAGACAACCUAGUGUACUCUGUACAUAAACCGACCUCAGAUCUACCUAUCCUAUAGCUGGUCUAACACGAACGUCGCAGGUGGCACACAUGCUAUGCUGGCACACAUGCUAUGCAUAUACGUUAUUUCUAGACACCAUUAUCCGAUGCGCAGUACAUGAUUUCAAUUUUAAAAUACAACGCAACGGUACAGUUCACUGUUUAAAACUGAACAAACUCUAAAAAUAGAAAUAGGUGUGAGCAGGGGGCGCACGUAGCAGGCGCAUGUGUGUGUGGAUGACGAGGUCAAUGACCUCCAUUUUUGGAGGUCGUGGGGUCCGAACUCGGAAGAAUCAACCUCCAGUAAUAGAAGGGGUUGAGCGGAAG